GGCCCGGCGGCGGCCGAGGAGGCGAGAGCGGCUGCCCCGGGAGCCGAGUUCUCCUUCAGGCCGCAGCAUGAACGGCAGCGUGGCGGGCAGCGGCUUCGUCGAGGAGAUCAUCAGCCUCACCCGCAGACCCUCAGGGUUGGGCUUCAACAUUGUUGGUGGGACUGAUCAGCAGUACAUUGCCAAUGACAACAGCAUCUAUGUCAGCUGGAUCAAAAAGGAUGGGGCAGCUUACCUUGAUGGCCGAUUACAAGAAGGAGAUAAAAUUUUAGCGAUCAAUGGCAAAGACUUGAAGGAUUUGCGGCACAAGGAUGCUGUGGAACUGUUCAGGAAUGCAGGCUAUUACGUGUCUCUGAAAAUUCAGCGCAGGUUGCAGCCACAGAAUGGCCCUGUGGGUCAUCAAGGAGAUGGAGAAUCAGGUGGGCUUCCUCUGGCAGCCAUUCUUGUGCCAGGCCUGGCGCUUGCUGCGACAGCAGUCUGGAUCUUGCUGAGGUAUCGACAGCGGAUGUGAAGAGUUCGUGUCUGGGAUAUCACUGCGUACUUUACACAGCUAUGAUGUAAUUUAAAGAUAGAGAAUCAACGAUCUUGUCACAGACUGAUGCCAAAAAGGAUCAUUGCCUAUCAUCAAAGUUGCUGCUGAUGUUCGUAUAUAUUGAUUUUUUUGCAGGGCGGAUAGAAGCAGAGAGGAAAAAGGGAAGGGAGAGGACUGUGUUUAUGUAAAGAGUGGGAUAGCUGUAGUUUUUGACAAAUCUGAGGAGGUUUUGCCAUCCUCCUCUGUUUUGCACCAUGAACUUUCAAACACACUCAUCUAUUCCACAUUUUAAGAUCUAACUUUUGGUUAAAGGGAGUGGGAGUUGGGAUGGUUUUAAAUCAGAAACAUUUUCUAGAGGCUUUGCCUUGUUUCCACAGAAUUUUCUCUGGAAUCUAAUGAAUUCUGUCUGAACCAUGAAUAAAGAGAAGCAAUGCAAAGGGUAUAUUAUUUUUUCCCAUUGAAGUUUUGUUGGUUGUUGCUAAAUAAAUGCCUUAAAUGUG